UAGUUACAUAACCAUUUAACACCUCUUCUAUCUUGCGAAAAUGACGUCAGGUCAGUUUGCUGGAUGGAAAAUAGUGCUAACCUGAGCGAACACGUCACUGCACCGGUAGAGGCAGCUCUACAGUUGCCCCGAAUUGGUAGAGCAAAUCGGCUUUUUCUUCGUUAUUUAUCAAGCUUGUUUCACCAUAAUAUGUCCACAAUGAAUCCCGAAUAGUAAGUAUCAUUUUAGUUUAAAAAUUAUACCUAUUUUUCUUGGUAAAACGAUUUGUUUAUACGUUGCGUUUAUGGUGUUUAAAGCCGUGUGUGUCGUAAUAAAUAGGAACUGGAAUCUCUUUUGUCGUCCUUUUAAUUUGCCGUAUUUUUUAUCCUUUAGUGACUAUCUGUUUAAACUAUUACUUAUCGGGGAUUCAGGAGUAGGGAAAAGCUGUUUAUUGCUUCGAUUUGCGGUGAGUAAAGUCGCUCUACUUUCCUUCGCUCUAAAGUACAAAGCCGUCAAAAUCACACAAAGUGGUUUGCCAACAGGCAGGCGUAGUCAACGACUUUCGCUUUGUAAUGAUUUUCGAGCCUUAAAUAAUCUUAUAUUGUCUUACAGGAUGAUACAUAUACGGAAAGUUAUAUCAGUACAAUUGGAGUGGACUUUGUAAGUAUACUAAUGUCAAUUUUUCAUCGAAAUAUACCACAUUGCAUUGAAUUCAGGAAAAGCAAGAAUUUGUAUUAUUAAAUUACACAUUUUGGCAUUUCGACGAGUAUUGCCAAGUGCUUUCAUAUAAGCACAUGCAUUCCUUUUGUAUACGACCACACCAGUAAUAAAUUUAUAUUUUAUUUCUAUAGAAAAUAAGGACCAUAGAAUUGGAUGGCAAGACGAUAAAAUUACAAAUUGUAAGUGCAUUUAAUGUCCAUCUUAUUCGCUUGUCUGAAAAGCCUUAAAAAAAGUAAAACAAGACAAGCCACAAUUUUGAAUUAUUAAACGUAUUUUCCGCCUUUUUAAGUGCGAGUUUUUAUGACCUAUGAAUUUGUACAAUACAUAAAAUGUACAUAUUUGCUUUUUGACAUAUUGAUUAUACCUUUUUAAGCAUUAAUUUAAUUAUUUCAUGCCUCCCUGAUUUUCCAAUUAGAGUUG